GGUAUUAUCUUAAUACUAAUGAACUAAGAUCAUUUAUUAUAUAAACCGGUCAUGGUAUAGUAAAGAGUAAAAACUGAUGCAUAUUUUAUCAUCGGGAAUUACCAGUGAAAAAGAACGCGAAAUUCCAAUUUGUUUUAUUAUAGUUAUUGUUAAAAACAAAUGAUUAUUCUUGAUGAUCGUGUGAUUGUGAUAUUAUGAAAGUUAAGGGUGUUUUAAUAUGUUUAUGGUUUAUAUGCACAGGUUUAGCUAGUGCAAGAUUGGAAAUUUUUUCCAAUUCUACCAUAAGAAAGCAGCGGCAAACCAGUUUUAAAUGUACUCUUCCGCCACAAUUAGAGAAUGGAAGGUGGCUUGUAACUGAAGCAGAUGUUAAACCAGGUGACCAGAUAGACAUUAACACAAUAAUAAGAUUGGAAUGCCUCGAAGGUUUUCAAUUAUAUCCUGAAAUUCCUCUACAUCUUUGUGAUAGCAACUGGAAUGAAACAACUUUUCCAACGUGCAAAAAAAAAUGUCCCCCAUUUUAUUCAACUGCAACUACCACGUUAACAUGUAAAGAUAUACGUGACGGAGCAGUCCCUUGUGAUAAAGCCAUUGAUGGUACCUAUUUAACUUAUACUUGCAACGCAUACUACGAAAUACCAGCAGGAGGUAGAAAUGUCCUUUACUGUGACGAUGGUGUUUGGGACUUUCCGAAACCUAUAUGUCAACCAACUUGCGGAAAGAAAGUGAAUGUAGAAACAACUGCACUUGUUUGGGGUGGCAGAAAAGUCAAUGACUUUGAAUUCCCAUGGGUAAUAGCGGUAUUUAAGAUUUUAGAAACAGAUUACGAGAAUAUAUGUGGAGGAACAUUAAUAGGCAGAAGAGUUGUUAUAACUGCUGCUCACUGUGUUACCGAUACUUAUGGUAAUGCUCUGGAUAAAAACAAAUUUCAAGUUGCAGCUGGAAAAGUUUACAAUGCCUUUGGGGAUGAACGAGAUAUACAUGCUCAGUAUCGAAAGAUAGCAAAAGUAAUUGUUCACACUGGAUAUAGAGGGGAAAGUCAAAGAUACAUUGCUGAUGUGGCUCUACUCAUUACACAAGAGUUUUUCAACCUUAAUCCAAUUGUUCAGCCAGCAUGUAUUGAUAAUAUGAAUAGCGUAUAUUUAACUAAUUAUCAAAUAGGCGAGGUAGCUGGUUGGGGCCUUACUGAAGAAGAAAAGCCCUCAGAAAUUCUCAAAGCAAUAAAAAUACCAUACAAAGAUAGUGCCACGUGUGCUAAGGAACUACCACAAAGUUGGGAGCAACAAUAUAAUUUUUUUGAUAAAAUUUGUGCUGGCCGUCAGAAUGAAGGUAUUGCAGUGUGUAAAGGAGAUAGUGGUAGCGGACUUGUUUUUAAAAAUCGAGAAGACAAUAGAUACUACCUUCAAGGAAUAGUAAGCAUAGCACCAAAUUUAAAUACUGCUCAAUGUAAUUACCAAACCAACGCUUUAUAUACUAGUGUUCCAUUCUACUACUCUUUUAUUAAAAGAGAAAUGACUAAAAAUCACUUAGAAGACUGCAUACUUCCAGCAUAUCCAAAAAAUGGGAAAUGGUUUCUUGAAGGUGGCAUAGAAAAAAAACCUGGUGAUAUUGUAUUGUCCAGCACAAUCUUACGAUUUUCAUGUAAUAUGCGAUAUGUAUUGUCCACUAGAUCACCAUAUUAUGACUGUCAAAGUUAUUAUGAUCAUCCCACCUGUUUCAGAGUCUGCCCUAAACCUUCGUUACCGACCGGAACACAAUUAUUAUGCAAAAACUCCAAAGAUCAAUAUAUAGACUGCACGGACAUUGCUGAUGGUAGUAGUAUAACAUUUACAUGUCCAAUGGGUUUUGUAUCAGACAGAGGCACACCCACUAGUACAAGAUACUGUCGAAACGGAGUAUAUGGUAAUUCUGUACCUUCUUGUACAGACAUUAAACAAAAGCCUGUGUAUGUCUCUAAUACAUUAUACAAAUCCAAAACAAAAAUAAACCAUACAUCAAUGACAACAACCAUAAGAAGCAUUACCAUACCAAGAUAUGUAACAAGAUAUAUAAUAACAAAGCCGACUUCUAGUCCAGUUAUUAACGAUGGUAAACAAGGACUAUGUAUUUAUACCAAAUGGAUAGCAUUUAAUGGCUCAUAUCCAGGAGAUCCCAGAAAAGUUGACCCUACAAUUGAGUGCAAAAGAGUGUUUUAGCAGUUAAAGCACACUGCGAUUUGAAAUAGGCGUAUCACUUACUUUUCUACACUGCUUACGUCAGGACCUACGUAACUCCCUACUUGUAAUUGAUUUGAAAUCUACAGUGUUAACUUGUUUCGAUCUUUACUCAGUGGCGCCGGCCGCCGGGUUGUUUAUUGACAACAAAUGCAUUAUUCUGCAUUCAAAUUAGUUUUGUCUGGAAUACCUUUUUAGAUUGACUAUCGUAGAUAAUGCUUUGAAAAAAAUUAUCACAUUUUUAAUUUAUAUGUCUUAGCUAAAUAUAGUAUUGAAUAAAAAUUUGUGAAACAUG